UUACCCAGCAAAGGACAAAAAAAAAAAAAAUUUGCCCUAUUUUAUUUCCACUUUGUCCGCUUGCAACCAAAACUCGAACCAAACCAAAACAAAACAGAAGCUUCUCUCAUGGCGUUGCCUUCCUCCUUGCCUGUCUCUCUAUAAAAAUCGCGCUCUCUCUCUCUCUCUUCCUAACAUUCUUGUCGUCGUCUUCUCUGUUUAUUUCCCUUAAAGCUUCCUUCUCCGUUUUCAUGGCAUUUCAUCUUUUUGGGUUGGAUUUGAUAUUCCGUAAUUGGAAAUGAAGCUGGCUAAAUAUUGUAACAAUAGUCGUUAUCAGAAUUUUUAUUAUCAACAAUUCGCAUACACAAAUACAUAUUGAAGAAGGAUUAGCAUUUGAUCAAGUCAAGUAAUAAUAGUUAUGGGGUAUCUGAAUUCGGUAUUAUCAUCCACCAGCCAAGUUCAUGGUGGUGAUGGGCCAGUUAGCGGUGGUGGACUUAGUCAGAAUGGAAAGUUCAGCUAUGGGUAUGCAAGUUCUGCGGGGAAGAGGUCUUCAAUGGAGGAUUUUUAUGAGACAAGAAUUGAUGGUGUUGAUGGAGAGAUAGUUGGUCUUUUUGGUGUCUUUGAUGGUCAUGGUGGUGCUCGAGCUGCAGAAUAUGUUAAACAAAACCUUUUCAGUAAUCUGAUUAAGCAUCCAAAGUUUAUUUCUGAUACAAAAUCGGCUAUAGCUGAUGCAUACAGUCACACGGACUCAGAAUUUCUGAAAUCAGACAGUACUCAAAACAGAGAUGCUGGAUCAACUGCUUCUACUGCUAUCCUUGUUGGUGAUCGCUUGCUGGUUGCAAAUGUUGGGGAUUCGAGAGCUGUUAUUUGCAGGGGUGGUAAUGCCAUUGCUGUUUCUCGAGAUCACAAGCCAGACCAAACUGAUGAACGACGACGUAUUGAAGAUGCCGGAGGUUUUGUAAUGUGGGCAGGAACUUGGAGAGUUGGGGGUGUACUUGCUGUUUCUCGUGCAUUUGGGGAUAGACUUUUGAAGCAAUAUGUUGUUGCUGAUCCAGAAAUUCAGGAGGAAAUGGUUGACAGCUCCCUUGAAUUUCUUAUCCUAGCAAGUGAUGGAUUAUGGGAUGUCGUCACAAAUGAGGAAGCGGUCGCAAUGAUCAAACAAAUCGAAGAGCCAGAGAAGGCAGCAAAGAGGCUGAUGCAGGAAGCAUAUCAGAGAGGCAGUGCGGAUAAUAUCACUACCGUUGUUGUCCGUUUCUUGGCCAACCAAGAGGGAUCUUCUCAUAGUGGCUCUGGUUAA